UGUGCCCAGGUUGUCCUCGGUCCGUUCAUCCAGCUCUUCGCAUUGUGUUGCAGAAGAGUUAGCGCCGCGCCCUGCAUUCAACGAAACUUGAGGAGUUAGCAUGUAUUUACAUAAAAUGUAUGUAUUCCGUAAUUAACAAAUGCAAACAACAAAAAAAGAUCGAUUCUGAAACACAGUGGAUUAUAAACAAGACGUUUUGGAAAAUAAGCUACACUAAGGAGAAGAUUAAGAAGUCUGGUUCCACACUCCUGAAGGGCAGUAGCAGCUGACGCAGAGACUCCAGGAGGACGGAAAGCAGGGAAGAGAUCAGCCGAGGGAAGGAAGGAUGGAGAAACAUCAGUGCUACUACAAUGAGACCAUAGAGUUCUUCUACAACAGGAGCGACAAGAACAUCAGCACUGUGUGGAAGACCAAAGACUACAUGGUGGUCAGCAUGGGGCUCACGGUGUGCUUCGUCGUCAUGCUGGCCAACAUCCUGGUCAUGACGGCCAUCAUCAUCAACAAACGCUUUCACUACCCCAUCUACUACCUCCUGGGCAACCUCGCGGCCGCUGACCUCUUCGCAGGCAUCUCCUACAUGUACCUCAUGUUCCACACGGGCCCCUGGACCAUGAAGCUCGACCAGAAGCAGUGGUUCUUGCGCCAGGGCUUGCUGGACACCAGCCUCACGGCUUCCGUGGCCAACCUGCUGGCUGUGGCCGUGGAACGGCACCAGACUAUCUUCACCAUGCAGCUCCACAGCAAGAUGACCAACCAGCGUGUCAUCUUCCUGAUCGUGUCCAUCUGGCUGGUGGCGAUCCUGUUGGGCCUCAUCCCCAGCAUGGGCUGGAACUGCGUGUGUGACCUGAAAGGCUGCUCCAGCAUGGCCCCCCUCUACAGCCGCAGCUACCUGAUCUUCUGGGGGGUGCUGAACCUGUUCACCUUCACCAUCAUGGUGGGGGUCUACACCCACAUCUUCGUGUACGUAAAGAGGAAGACCCUGCGCAUGUCCCAGCAUACCUCUCACCCCAAGCAAAAGGAAACCGUCGUCAACCUCAUGAAAACCGUCACCAUGAUCCUCGGUGCCUUUGUGAUCUGCUGGACCCCUGGGCUGGUUAUCCUCAUUCUGGACGGGGUGAACUGCGUGAGCUGCAAAGUCCUGCUGUAUGAGAAGUUCUUCCUGGUGCUGGCGGAGUGUAACUCGCUGGUCAACCCCAUCAUCUACUCGUACCGCGACCAGGAGAUGCGCAACACCUUCAAGCGCAUCCUGUGCUACGUGUGUCGGCGCCACCGGCCCUGCGACGACACGCCCGCCGUGGCCUUCUCCACCCUGCGCUCCGAGAAUGGGAACCCGCACUCCCACUCCAACUCCCUGGUGUGAGGAAAAGACAUGACCAGGGACCUUCAUUUAAUACAAAUUGUAAUGGAAUACAAUUUAGAUUUCCAUCCUCCAGAGUGACUUUUGCCUCAGAGGACAUUCAUUUUACACCAGGAAGAGACGCAACGCUCUCGCACGUCCGUUACAAUACCGUUGUAUUUCCCCAGCGGACUGAGGGAGCGUUUGCUCACUUCUGCGACGAGACAAGAGAUUCUGUUUUCGUUUUUUCUUUUCUGCACGAUAAAUGCAAUACGUUGUUUGUUUUCUGAAGGUUUUUUUUUUUUUUUUUUCCCAGACUUGCUCGGCAGCAGCAAGGUUUUCAUUACAGCGUGGUUUUAAGAGCCUGGCAAGGAUCUGGGAUUGCACUGGAGACGGUAGACAAAGGGGACGAGAGGGACGUAGAGGAACGGUUUGGCACUCUGUGUUGUGUACAGCAUAUCCUCCUAGAAUAGCGUUGACGUAAGUCUCUCUUCAAGAUAAUCACAGCCUAUAGCAGUGGCAGGGAGCCCGGAUAGCUGUACAGUGCCUCGGUUCGUUUCCUCUCUGCAGCUGCAGUUAGAGACGUUUUUGUUCAUGAACUGUGUAAAGGCCCUCAUGAAAGGGUAAUAAUAUUUCUCAAGAUUAUAUUUUUGCUAUGCUUGUAAAGUGUAUUUAAGAAAAAAUAAGAUUUAGGAGAAGGAAAUGGGACCAUGACCCAGACGUCUUGUUGUACAUCAUUUGCAUGCUUUUACUCUGUUGUCAUUUUGCUGUCUCUCUUUGAUUCUUCCAAAAUGAUGUUCUAGUCUACUCGUAAAGUAGUUAUAAGGAAAUAUCCAACCAGCAAGUCAAACUUUUAAACUUCUUCAAUUUCAUUUCAACUGCAUUGCCAGCAAUAAAAAAACAGGGCAGAGUUAGAGGUUAAACAACCACAUUUUCAUUUUAAAUAUGCAGACAUUUAGCAAUUAUUAUAUAUAUCACAGAUUCCACGACAGACACUUGCACACUAUAAAUAAAUAACUUAUUGGCUUUACCAAGCACCCCUAUAAAACAAAACUCACCAAUAAGACACGGCCGCACAUGAAAAGCACAGGAGAAAAAUGUAUUGACCUAAGCAAGUCAUUCACAAUGACUGCCCUUUUCAAACAGACAGAGGGGUGGGACUAUCUGCAGGUAGUCGUGGUGAGACAGCACAGACGUAACAAAACUAGAAACUGCAACCGCAGUCUAAUACAAACGCAGCAGAACUGAAUCCUGCCUCAAGGCGUGGCGCUUGGGAGCGAUUUGUAAGCAGGUUGAGCAAACAGGACAGGAUGUUUUAUAUGUAUAUAUAAGAGGUAACAGCUCUUUUAAUCUUCAAACACUGGACAAAGCAGAACUGCACUCGCUUGCCCCUCUUUACUGCAGCUGGCGUGGCAGGCAUACUUCAUUACCCAGCCUGGGCCCUUACAGAUUUAUCACCCUGAACUCCUGCACAAAAAUACUCCAUGUGGAUUUCAUUGAAGUUUUAUUCCUGUGAAGCUCAUAAAUAAAAAAAAAAAAUUAAAAAAAAAAAAAAAAAAAAUUAAAAAGAAAGAAAAAUGCAAUGAUGAAGACUCUACCUGGCCAGGUAA